UGAUUUUCCUUAGAAGUUUUCUGUCUCUAUUGUCCCAAAUAAUAAAUUAGUUUAAGUAUGAUUCCUAUGAGUGCGGGUGUGUUGGCAAAGGUUUUUGUGUAUGAUUCAAGUAAAAAUUGAAGAUAAGCUUUGUCUCCACUGAUAACAGUCGAUAAAACAGUGUUGAAGUUAAAUUCGUGACCUCAGCUUUGUUAAAGAGAAAAUAUUCGAUUUAAAGCUUGAAAUUAUAUUCGUGAUUAAAUUUCUGCAAUUCACAAAAAUAUUUUAAUACGAUGAAAAUAUUUCUACUGUCGCCCACUCUUACAUUCCUUUUUUUCGUCAGUGUAAAUGGUCUGAGUUCAGAUUACAAAUUAAACUCAAACUGUUCAAAGGGAAUCAGUUAUUGGUGCAAUAAUUUAAUAAAUGCCAAGCAGUGUCGUGCAGUUGACUUUUGUAUCACUACAGUUUGGGAAACUCAUCGAGUUCAAAAUGAUUCGAACUUAAUUUGCGAUGAUUGCAAAGAAUGGGUUGACAAAGCCAGAAGUUUCAUUAAGAAACAAGAAAAUUCAGGAGAAAUCAUAAGCAGCUUGAAAUGGACUUGUGACUUGAUUCCAGUCGCUUCAAUCGCAUCAUCUUGUGGGAACGUCGUCGAUGAAAAUUUUCCAGAAAUCUUCAAAAUGUUGGAAUCGGCGAUGGAUCCAGACGCAAUCUGUUCGAAAUUAUUCUUCUGUAACAACGCAGAGUACAGUGAAGCUCUCAUUGAACCAAAAACUAUUUCAAAAGAAACAAAGAAACUCUUGCCUUUGACUUGUGGCCAAUGCAACCACGUCGGAUCGUUAAUGGAAAAGAAGUUUAACGAAGCAACUCGCGAUGAAAUCGUUGAAGGAAUUUUGAAAAUUUGUGGACAGUUCUCUUCAUAUUCCGACGCUUGUUCAAGCAUCGUGUUGAAGAAUUUCAAUGAAAUUUAUUCAGUUAUGAGAGACAAUAUCAAAUCAAAGAAUCUUUGUGACUUCGCCGAUGCUUGUAAUCGUCAACAGAACGAAGGAAUUGUUGACAUUAUUCCAUCAAAUUUAGAAAGCAAUCCAACCAUUCCAUGUCAACUUUGCGAACAAAUGGUUUUACAUCUUCGUGAGGUUUUCAUUACCAACACAACAGAAAUUGAAUUCAAGAAUAUCUUGGAAGGUUUUUGUAGUCAAAUGGGGAAAUUUACAGACGAAUGUAUCAGCAUCGUUAAUCAGAAUUAUCAUUUGAUUUAUACUUUCGUUGUUGAGAAGUUGGAUGCUAAUAAGACUUGUUCACUUGCUGGAAUUUGUAAAUCAACAGACAUCGUUUGGCAUGCUCCGUCCAAGCCUUUAGUACCAAUUGAUAUUUACUCAUCAGUUCCCAAUAACUUCAAAGAUUCUUCACUUAAUCUCAAUGAAAAUGGAGCACUUUGUUCAACAUGCAACAUCUUGAUAAAUUAUUUAAAACAAAUUUUAGACAAUAAAACAACGGAAGAUAACAUUGUACACAUUAUGGAGAAUGCUUGUAAAGAACUUCCACAUAAAACUCAAAAGGAAUGUUCCAAUCUUAUAAAUCUUUAUGGAGAUGCAAUCGUUUCAUUUUUGGACCAGAAUUUGGAUGCUGAAUACAUUUGUCAUGAAAUAAAAGUGUGCAGUAAAGCAAACGAUUUAAGAUUCGAGUACGAAACAAGUUUAGAAGAGAAACCAACAUGUCCAUUUUGUCUUCUUGCACUUCAAGAAGUUCGUGAUGUUAUCGCGAGUAAUAAAACAAAAGAAAACAUUGAAAGUGUUGUGGAGAAACUUUGUGCACACUUAUCAGAUAAACUUGUGAAUGAAUGUACAGAGUUUGUUAAGAAAUAUUCUGCUGAAGUUGUUGAGAUGCUUCUUGCUGAUUUCACACCACAAGAAGCUUGCACAUUUAUUAAACUUUGCAACGAUACUAAAGUCGAAUAUAAGAAAGCAGUUAUUGGAAGUGAGAUUGACGUGAUUGAUGAAGAUUUUGUUGCUAUUCCAGCUGUAGAAACGAAAACUUUAUCCAAUCCACAAUGUGAACUUUGCAAAGAAAUUGUGAAGAUUGUUGAAGAGCGCGUGAUGAACAAAAAAUCGAAAGAUGAAAUUCGACGUGAGCUCGAACAGUCUUGUUCUCGAUUGAAGAAAUUCGCUGACAAAUGUAAGCAGUUUGUCGAUCAAUAUUCCGAUCGAAUUGUUGACUUGAUUGAAAAGGAGUUGGAACCGGAAGAAGUUUGUCGCGAUUUAAUUUUCUGUGUUGACGUUGACAAUGAAGAAUUUCAAGAUUACGAUUCUGGUUUGGAUAUUUUGAUGCUUGCUGAGAGGCAAGUUGAUGAAGCAAUCAAAGACCAACCUCAAUGUGUCAUGUGUGAGUUCAUCAUGUCAAAGAUUGAUGAUGAAUUAAAUGACAAAACAGUUGAUAAAAAGCUUGAAGACAUCGUCAGAAAUAUUUGCAAUGAUAUGCCAAAAACAGUUUCAAAAUCUUGCAACAAGUUCGUCGAUUAUUAUUUCAACUUCAUCAUUGCAUUCAUCGAGACAAUGAAACCUUCAGAAGCUUGUAAAGGAAUGAAAUUAUGUCCAUCAGUGAAUUAUCACGAAGUAAUGAUGGAUGAAGUUAAGAAAGAUGUUUACACUUGUGCCAUUUGCAAAGGCUUAGUUGAAGGAAUCAACACAUUAAUUGAAGAUCCAGAAACUGACGUAAAUUUAGAGAAUUUCGAAGAAAAGUUAUGCGAGAAAUUUGCGAUGAAAUAUAAAUCAAAGUGUCAUAAUCUUGCCAACACUUAUGGCUUGGCUAUCAUCAAUCUUUUGAAAAGUAUCACAGAUCCCGAGCAAAUCUGUUAUAAGUUGGACAUGUGCGCAUUCAGUGGCCCAGACAGAGUUACGGGAAUGAUAAAGUUGUAUUGAAGACUGAUGGAUGUGAUGUUAUGAAACGCUUGAGAAAUCAAAAACGACGUUAAUUCCUAAUGAAUCAAUAUUUGUUUUAGAAUUUUACUUCACAUUUAAUAAUUUUUGUUUAUCUUCAGAUUCCAAAGAAAUUUUCAUUUUUAAUAAAACUGAUGAAGUGCCUGAGAAGAAAUUUGAUUUCUUUUAUAUUUCAGGAAACGAUAAACACUGAAAAGGAAUAAAAUUGAAUUGUCUCAACACCCUGAUGACGAUAUUGUUCUUAUUAUGAUGUCUUGUAAG